UGACGCCGAAGAAUUCGUGUGCGGGUUUUGUUUAUGUUACAAACGGGCGGAAAGUGAAUGACGAGGCUUGUGGCCUGCUGUCUGUCAGAUCUCCUACUGCUACUCAUCCACCUCCUGAACACUCGUAAUAUUCCCUUGCUGUGAUGGAUGCCGAGGUGGUUCUCCAGGAGGAGGACAUGGAGGGCUCGUGGACGCUGCUCUCCUGGCUGGCAUCAUUCGUAAUGGUGUUUGGGGGAGCCCUGCCUUAUGUGCCGCAAUAUCAGGAGAUCCAGAAAAGCAGCAACACUGAGGGAUUCUCCACCAGAGUCUGUCUGGUGCUGCUCAUAGCUAACAUCUUGCGUAUAUUUUUCUGGAUAGGGAAGCAGUUUGAGCUGACCCUGCUGCUUCAGAGUGUGGUCAUGAUUCUCACCAUGUUUGCCAUGCUCCACCUUUGUUGCACUGUGCAAAACACCAACAGAGUAAGCACCAAGCAGCAUCGCCUUUCAG